UCCGUGACGUAACGCGCAGUGUAUUGACGUGACACGCGGCACCGGUGAGAAGUGGAAAUUCGGAAAACUGAAGGUUCGGAAAACACGAUAAAUGCUAAACCUACGUUCACAGAAAAUGGACUUACUGAUAUAUAAUAUGCAACUUUCCUGCCUACAUGAUUAACAGCUAAAUAUUUUUUCAUUGUACCCAUAGCAUAGUAUCAAUAUUUUCUGGAAUCUUAUGGAAUGCAAGUGUACUUCUGCACAUCAAAAACAAUUACUGGGUGAGUUUGAUUUGAAAGUAAAACCACAAAACAGAAAUGAUCCUGAGCCAUAUAUUGGAUAUGAAGUGGGAGGGCACCACAACUAAAUGCAUUGUUUUGUUCUGCCUAUUUAGUGUCAUCAACAGCAUGUGCAAUUCCCAUUGUUGGUUGUUCUGAAUGACACUUGUAUUCUGAGCUUCCCUAGCCUUCUCAAAGUGAUAGCCAGGAUUAUAAUUCCUAUGUUAAUUUGGAAUCUGCAAUAUUAGCAAAUAGAGAUACUUUAUAAAGAAGCAGAAUUUUCAUAUUUAUUCCACAUAGAAUUUUAGAACACAGUUGUAACUGUUCCAUAGAUUCAAAGGAGCAGACUUGAAGUGUAAUGGUUUGUCCCUGUUUUAGUGAUCAAAUCACCUUUUGGGGAUGUGGGAAGUUUCUCUGUUGACUGAUUUAUUUAACUUAUGAUUUUUCUAACGUAUAUAAUGUUAUCUUCAGGAACCUCUGCAAUCUGGAAGUCUUGAUUCAAACUGCAGUCCUCUAAGGCCCCCAAGCAUGAUGGGUACUUCCUGGUUCACAGUCAUUGCCAUAUUUGUGUUUUCCUCCAUUUAUUGUAUUGUUUCUCAUCCCAAACCUGAAUUAUGGUUCCAAGAACUUUUCCCCCUUAAAAUGUGUCCAGCCAAUGCCAGCGUGGAAACAUUUUAUGGCAUCAUGUUUGAUGCAGGAAGCACAGGGACACGAAUUCAUGUUUACACCUUUAUACAGAGAAGCCCAGAAUACCCUGCAGAGUUAAAGGGGGAAGUUUUUGAAUCAGUGAAACCAGGUCUCUCAGCAUAUGCCAAUCAGCCUAAAAGGGGAGCUGAAACUAUCAGAAAAUUAUUAGAGAUGGCUAAAAAUGCUGUACCACCAGAUCACUGGAGCAAGACCCCCGUAGUAUUGAAAGCCACUGCUGGUCUACGGUUGUUAGCGGAACAGAAAGCUCAAGCUCUACUCUCACAAGUCAGAAUGGUCUUUGAGGAUUCACCAUUUUUAGUUCCUGAUAAUAGUGUUAGCAUAAUGGAUGGAUCUUAUGAAGGUAUUUUAGCCUGGAUCACUGUGAAUUUUUUGACAGGGCAGUUGUAUGGCCAAGACCAGCGGACAGUUGGAACUCUGGACCUGGGAGGAGCUUCAACUCAGAUAACAUUCCUGCCACAGCUGGAGGAAACCUUAACACAAACACCAGUGGACUUUCUUACCUCAUUUCAAAUGUUCAACAGCACGUAUAAGCUCUACACACACAGCUAUUUGGGGCUUGGGCUAAAAGCUGCUCGGUUGGCAACAUUAGGAGCUUUGAAUUUGGAAGCACUUGGACAGACAUUCAGAAGUUCUUGUCUGCCAAAACAGCUGGAAGCAGAAUGGCAUUUUGGUGGAGUAAAAUACCAGUAUGGCGGCAACACAGAAGGUGACACUGGAUUUCAACCUUGUUAUUCUGAAGUAUUGAAGAUUGUACAAGGAAAAUUGCAUCAACCAGAUGAGAUUCAGAGAAGUUCCUUUUAUGCCUUUUCCUAUUAUUAUGAUCGGGCUGUGGACACUGACCUGAUAGAUUAUGAGAAAGGUGGUGUUUUACGUGUGAGAGACUUUGAAAGAAAAGCCAAACAAGUUUGUGAUAACAUGGAUAACUAUAGCUCUGCCAGCCCCUUUUUAUGUAUGGAUCUCAGUUACAUUACAGCUUUAUUAAAAGAAGGCUUUGGAUUUGGAGACACUACAGUUUUACAGCUGGCAAAGAAAGUAAAUAACAUAGAGACAAGCUGGGCUUUGGGGGCUACCUUUCACCUUCUACAGUCUCUAGGACUCUCCUACUAGAAAAGCAGAAGAUUUGCAUUUCUUGCAAGAGCCAUUCUGAUGAGCACAUAAUAAAAUAUAGACCAAAGUAGAAGAAAAGUUUUACUUUUAAGAACUGCAGUUCAGCAGAAACCCUUCUACAGUGGUAAGAUCUAGAUACCUGAUGCCAAAGAACUUUGAAACAGUUUAGGCAUCUUUUUUGUCAAGUCACGAAUGCAUAUUUGGUACCAGCACAUCCCAAUGUUGAACUUGCUCCACGAGCUCUUUUAUCUAUGAAAUACUGAAUGUUCACAUCAAAGAAGCAGCUUAGUCUGAUAUUUUAAAAAAACAGCAAAACCUAAGUGUAUUAUUUACCUUUCCCACAAGUUGUUUGAAACCAAGUAGUUAUGCUCCUAGGGUUAGCCAGUUCUUAAACAUGAAUAAAUAUGUUAUUUUAUUCAAUUACAUAUAUAUUAGUUGGUGAGGAGUAUUAGCAAAAAGAUUUUAGGAAUCCCACAAGGAAUUAUUUCAGGUGUAUUUUUCUAAAGUUGAGAGAGCAAAGUCCUGUGAAACUGUUCUUAUUUAUGUUAGACAACAAAGUUUUCUUAGGUUAAAUAGUUGUAACUUCCUCCAAUGUCAACUCUUAUAGAAUAACUUAAUGGAAGCCCUGAAUAGCCUCUUUUUUAAAAAUUCUAUGAAAAUCAAAGCUUUUUUUUUUAACUACCAUAUUUCCCCACCCACCCCCUGCCCCAAAUAUAUAUUGGUUUGGAGACAAGGGGCAGUUAGAUUCCAGCAGUUAGACUCCGGCUAGUAGAUUGAUACAUUACUUGUUGCAAAGCACUUAACUGGAUCAGAAGGUCUCUUCAAAUGAUCAAAACAAACUAAUCUCCUGAACUAUGUACUAAGUGAGCCAUCUUAAUAUUCUGCACAUAUUUCUAUAUAGUAUACGUUUUUUCCAAAAACUCUUCAAGAUAAAUGUUAAAAUGUGGUGAUAACAUACAUUUUUAGUCAAGUGCUCUUACUCAAUAUUAGUAGUGUCAAUACUUUAUAUAUUUACUCUGAAAUGACUCUUAUUUAAGUACUAAUCGGAGGGUUGUCUUAGUGAAUGAGGCAUGAUGCUAACGUUUGUUUCCUUUGGUGAUGCCUUUACUACCUUGGUAUUAGUGCCUAUGCUUUUUCUAAUGUAUUGAGAUUGUUUACAAAUGUAAUUAUCUGCAAAGAAGAUACAACUUGAAAAAGAUACAACUAUAUAAUUCAUAGAGGAAGAGUUAAUGAAAUAAACACAUAACAGAGGACUAAAUUAAUUACUUUUUUAAAGCAAAGACAAAUAGGUAUAUAAAUAUUAUUAACAUCAGGCAGUUGCUUAAUUAGUAAUUUAUAUAUAAGUAGAUAAAAUUAAGCUAAACUGUAAAUGGAUUAAGUUCCCUCCUAACACAUGCCUAUAUAUGUAGCACUGUAUGUAACUGUGAAAUAAAUUUUAGAUUUUUUUUCAGAAA